GCCAUUUCCGUCCGUACCCAGCCGGCGGUGUCACUCAACAACCGUGGAGACUUCAAAUCAGUGAAAACAUGCCUCACACAACUAAAUAGGGACUGAAGUGAAGCAUCAUCUUGUAGUGCCAUAAAGUUGGUUUCAAAGCCAUUACCUCAUCACCUGUCUUUUGCAAGACAGAAAGUGUUUUUAGAGAAUAAGUCCCAGAGAACUGUUCUGGUGAUCUUCUGAUGGUCAGCCAUGGAUGAAGACGACAGCCAGGAUGAGCUGAUCAACCACAAUGCAUCCCACAGCAAAGGAAAGAGGGCAGCAGUGUGGGCCAUCUCAGAUGACUCAGAUGAUGUUGGAGAGGACUCUGAGGAUGGGGGUUCAGACAGUGGUGAGGAGGAAGAGGAUGAUGACCUUAAUGGAGAGGAAGAUGGUGAGGGGGUAGAAGAAGAGGAUGAGGAGGAUGAGAGUGAUGACGAGGAGGAGGAAGAUGGCAAGGCUGUGGAGGGAGCAGAAGGAGGAACCUCUGCUGACUUCGCGUUGCUUAGCUCAGAUGAAGACACAGAAAAGUGUCCCAUCUGCCUUAAUUCAUUCAGCAGCCAGCCUGUGGCCACACCGGAGAGCUGUGAGCACUACUUCUGCCUCGAUUGCAUCCUUGAGUGGUCCAAGAAUGCAAACUCGUGCCCUGUAGACCGCAUUGUCUUCAGCAACAUAUACCUAAGGAAAUGUUUUGGAGGCAAAGUGCAGAAGAUGAUCACAGUGCAAAAGCCUGUGAAGGAAGGUCAAGAAGAUGCGGUGGAUUUGGACCUGGAGCACACCAGCUGUGAGGUGUGUGGGGGCAGUGACCGCGAGGACCGCCUCCUGCUCUGUGACGGGUGUGACGCAGGCUACCAUAUGGAGUGUCUCACACCACCUCUGGAUGCUGUUCCUGUAGAGGAAUGGUUCUGUCCUGAGUGUGAAGCCAAUAACCGUCAUUCACGGGGUUCAGCGGAGGAGCUCAGUGAGACAGAGAGCCUUUCUUCUAGCGCCCGUCCCACUACCAGUCGCUCCCGAUCCUCUGCGGCAGGGCCCACCCGAGCUAUCGCCCGAACCCAACAGAGCGAGAGGGUUCGCGCCAACGUCAACCGCCAUCGCAUCACACAGGCACGCACAGCACAGUUGGCUCCCAGGUAUCUGAUGCAGUCCACUUGGUUGGAUGAGACUAUAAACGCCGUGGUGGCUGGGCUCAACACAGCUGUGUACAUACGGGACCUCACACCUCGUGCCAUGUCUAGCCGCCGGCGCAGGACAGUUAAGCGGAGAAAAGGCAAAAGCAAGAAGACAUCCUCAGGUAAAGGUGAAAAGGGCAAAGCAGCCAGUACAGGAGUGAAGAGGCGGAAACGGAAAGUAAGGAGAACAAAAUCCAGAAAAAAGAUGGUGGUGAAAAAGCAAACACCCCGUGGCCGUAUUGCCCGUAACCUUGGGAUUGCAAAGCCCAAGAAGGGCUCAUCUCUUCCCACAGUGUACCGGCCCUCAGAGCACAGUCUGGGCAGCAUGCGGGCUGACAUAGGCGCUGCCUCCCUCUCUGUAUAUGGAGAUCCAUGUGACUUGGAUCCAUUUGUUGAUGGUGAGGAUGACGAGCAGCACGCCCGGGUCACAUCUCUGCUGGAGGCCAAGAGACGAGGCAUCUCCCACUCUGCCCUUCGCUCUCAUCAGCCUGUAGCACGACCAAUCACUGCCAGCUUUUCCAGGAGGGCUAUGGACAUCCCCCAGCCAGCGAGCAUUAUGGAGGCCACCCCUGUGCCUGACCUGCUGGGGAGCAUCCUGUCAGGGCAGAGCAUGCUCUUGAUGGACAGCUCGGAUGUGGUCAUCAACAGAGAUGGCUCCCUCAAGGCUACAAAGCCAAUGAAUUUGUCACCCGCAUUGAAACCCGGCAGCAGUUCAGGAGAAACCAGCACUCGGGCCAACCCAGGGUUGCCACCAAACCCAGGAAGCAGCUCUCUCUCUUUGCAACGUAACGGAGACCUACCAGCAUCCUCUAGUAGCCUCCUGAAAAGACCUUCCUCCUCCCAGAGCUCUCCUAGCCUGUCUCCGUUUUCCCCCUCCCAGGCCAGCCAUACCCAGGCAGCUCCCCAUUCUCAUUUACCACCUGCAGGUCAUUCUCGCUUGCAGCCCCCCCACCCCAACAGACCCAGCCCCGCUCCUGGACUUAACCACCGGCGAACCAGUGAAGUUAGUGCCCGCAGUGAAUCUUAUACAGGGAACGCCUCCUCUUCAAUCCACCCCAAUCCAGACUCCAGCUCCAAGAGCAAAUAUAGAUCAUCAUCAUCAUCCCAACCUAAAAAGCCACCUACGAAGCCUGUGUGGGUGGAUGUGUCAGUGCUGCCUAGGAUACCAAAAAUAAAACGUGAGACCAGUGGUCUCACAAAUGGUGGCACCAGUCACAAUGGUAGUAGUGGCAGUAACAGAAGUAGUACGGGAAGCAGCAGUAGUAAUGGCUUGCCUGAAACGGGUAUUAACAAUCUUGCUGGGGACAAGGACAGGCAGAAAAGUAUAGACCAGCAGCAAGGCAGGGCUGACGGUCAGACCCACAGACAAAGACCUGACAGAGCAGGUCCCUCAUCAUCCUUCUCUAACUCGUUCACCUCUUCCUCCUCCUCCUCCUCCUCCACUGAUUCUUCAGCCAGCCAGCCAUGCGUUUCCUCCUCAUCAGCAUCAUCAUCAGCAGUGAGCUUCCGCAUUAACUCCAGUGGGAACUCGUGGCAUUCGCGGUGGCUAAGCAAUACAUCAUCCACAGUUGUUGGAAGGAGUACACAGGAGAGCUGGAAUACAGAGAAUGAGGAGGCAAGAAAGAGACGGCAGCACAGGGAUAAACAGAUGCUGCUGGCCUCAUGUACACCCGUCAAAAAGGAGAGGGAAGAUAGUAAUGUGUAUGAUCCCUUUCAUCCCACUCUGUCAGACUCCAACAGCUCAGACAGUGAAGGUGACGGAGAGAGUCAUGACAGCAAAACCCAGCACACAACAUCUGAGAGGAAGGCUCCUGGUCUAGGAAGGAAAGAAGUGUUAGGGCAAAGUAAGCAAGGCUUGGUUCAGGUUAAAGCUGAAACACAGGAGAUUAAGAUCUCACAGGAGGAACCAAGGAGGACCAAUGCUCAGGAUAAUGUAUCACAAGAGGACGGUGCCUUGAGGGAACAUGUCAAAGUUAAGAGAGAACCAGGAUCAGCUGAUAGUAAUUUUAAGAGACAAACCACAUCACCUUACACUGACGUUAACGACGAACCAGGAUCACGUGACACUAGUUUUGAGAAACAGACAUUACAUGAUAAUGAACGUGAGAAAGAACCAGGAUUAGCUGAUAGUAAAUUUGAGAAACUAUCAGUAUUCGCUAACAUUGAAAUUAAGAAAGAACCAGGGUUAGCCAAUGCUAGAGAAUCUUUUAAAUCAGUAAUGACAAAUUCCACACCACCUCUUCCUCACAGCCUGUGCCACGUAAAGACUGAGACAGAGAACCCAGGAGAGGAGAGAGGGCAGAAUGUCCAAACUCCCAACAGUACCUCCUCUAAUCAUAAAACAGAUUCAUCAGUAUCCAGCUCAGCUCCCACCUCCAGCGCCAGGGAACCUGAAAUUUGUGGCCACAGCUUAAAAAAUCCUUUGAAAUUAGAGACAACAGAAUCCACACCAUGUCUUCCUGGCAGCUUUGAUCUUGUAAAGAGUGACAGAGAAAAUCCAGGGGAUGAGACGAGGCAGACGGUCCCAACCUCCAAUAGUACUCCCUCUAUCCACGAGACGGAUUCAUUAGCAUCCAGCUCAGUUCCCACCAAGAAAAAACAAAAGGCAGAGAUCAAAUCUGAGCUCAAGGACAGUCCAAACAGGUCCAUCUCCCAGUCCAGGUCCCCAGCCAGGGAAUUGGGCCAUGGAAAGAACAACUCCAAAAAAGAUGGGUCAUCUAGGGAGCGUCGCUCUAGCUCAAGUAGCUCAGAGAGAGGCAGAAGUCGGAGAGAAGACCGACAUGCCUCAGGACAGGGAGGCAGAAGGAGGGGAAAGGACAAGGACAAAGACAAAGACAGAGACAGAGAGGGGGCUACCAGGCGGUCAAGAUCGAGAGAAAGGAGGAGGGCACGCUCCUCGUCAGACAGCUCUCAGUCUGAUUCCUCUGAUAGAUCACGCAGGAAAAGGCAGCGAUCACGAUCCAAGGACAGAAGACGAUCCAGGUCUGACUCCAGCUCUAGCAGCAGAGAACGAUCAAGGAGGAAGAAAUCUAAGCGAGGGAGCAGGGAGAGGGAUGAUGGCAGAAGGAGUGAUCGUGAUAGAGGUCGGACAUCAAAAGAUAAGAGGCGUGGUCGGUCUCGCUCAAGAUCAAGAUCAAGGUCCAGGUCCAGAUCAGAAUCCAGGGAAAGGAGGAAAGAUUACGCACGGUCGCAGUCAUCAUCGCACUAUUCAAGAGACAAGGUUGAAUCACGAUCAAAAGACAAAAAGAGACCCAGGUCUAGAUCCAGUUCAAGAGAGAGGAGGAAAAAAGAGGCAUCAUCCAAGAGUUCACAGAAAGCAUCUGGAUCCUCUAGUUCAUCCUCUAAAGACACAAGACAAUUAAAAGACAAGAGGAAAGAGAAGGAUCUCUCUCGAAGCUCCAUCAAAGAAGUCAAAGAUGCUAAAAUGAAAAAGAGUGAGAUGCCAUCCUGCACCUCCGUUUCUGAGGUUAAAAAGGAAAAUAAAGACCUCAGGCCAGAGAGCAAAGCCUCAACAGGACUGGUCACACAACUAGAAAUCAAAAAAGAGAAAAUGCCUUCUCUUGAUAUAUUUGAAGACUCUCCAAGUGUAAAACCACUCAAGAAAGAAGAAAUUGAAACACCUCCAGUGGAUGUCAAAGACAUAGAUAAGGACAUCAAAGAAGAGAAAGUGGUUCCCAUCAAAGAAACUUAUGAAACUGUCACAAUUAAAUCUGAGCCCACUUCUCCAGAGAUGAGCCAUCAGUCACCCACUAAUGUCACCUCGUUUUUGACAGUGGCCAGUCAACCUUCCACAUCCUCAGCUGUCACAGCAGACAGUCUCCAGAGGGAAAGCUCUCCUCCACCAGCAUCAGCGCCCCCCACAGGACAACCAAGCCCUGUUGUUUUGACAGCCCCAGUAAAGCAGGAACCUGAGCAGCUCUCAGAGUCUGACGAUGACUUCAAUGUGGACGUGAUGCUGGACAACCUUGACUUUGUGAAGUCGGAGAAGACAGAGGGAAGUGGUGCCACUGUCAAACAGGAGAAGGAAGGGGAGCAGGCGAAGAGUGAAGGAGAGCAGGCGCCGGCCACAACUGGAGCCAAAUCCAAAACCCCAGUGAAAAGGGUUACCUGGAACAUACAGGAGCCAGAUGGACCUCAACCUGAGAAAUCUGCAAGUAAGCUGGCGCUGUAUAAACUGAAACUGAAGCAAGAAGGAGCUCGCAGACCCUCUUCCUCGAUUCAGUCACUCAGUCAGGACACCCCAGGUGCUGUCCCUGGCACUGACCCCUCUAAGAAGGGUGGUGCUGGUAACCUCAGUGCCUCCUCUAGCUCUGAUGGUGUACUUCCUCAAGGGUUAUCUACCACUGGGCAAGGGGAGACCAGUGAGGCAGAGGAAGGGGAUCUGUCGAGGAAAGACAAGUAUUUGAAGAAGCUGCACAUGCAAGAGAGAGCUAUAGAGGAAGUGAAGCUAGCCAUCAAGCCAUUCUACCAGAAGAGAGAUAUCAACAAAGAUGAAUACAAAGAGAUUCUACGCAAGGCGGUCCAGAAGGUAUGCCACAGCAAGAGUGGGGAGAUCAACCCAGUGAAGGUGGCCAAUCUGGUCAAGGCAUACGUGGACAAAUACAAACACGCCCGGAAACAUAAGAAAGGAGAGGAAGGGAAGACACAAGCAGAGGCCAUGAAAAACUCUGAGAGUCCAUGAAGAAGAAACGUGGCCAAGAACGGCAGCACCCCUCCCAAGCACUCAAACAUACUCAUCUUUGUGUUAUUCCCACUGGAUCAUACCAUUGGGUGUGGACUCAAUAGUGCUAUAUUUGUUUCUGUUCACUGCUUUGAGGUGGAACUGGGGUGUUCUCCAUUGCAUCCACUUUUGCAUUUUCAUGCAUUUUUGAGAAAACAAACACUUUUUUGUUGAUCACUUGAAGAAAAACCCAGUGGUGUGUCGCUCUCGGACUGUCACUGCCAUCACCGGUCAUUGUGUAGUUCUGCUUCAAAGCUUAAUGAGAGAUCCAGAGGUUGUGUCUUAAAGAGGCAGAUCUCAAAGACCCCUCUCAUUGAGUGAUAAUUCAGGUAGCUUUCCUCUACAGGCAUAAUGUCUUAGAGGAUGCAGUGUGGACCUUUAGUUUUCUAUGGCCUUUUUGUUUUUGUGGGAGGGAAGGGGUAUUUAUCAGUGGCAAGCAAUUUUGUUGGUUAAGAAAUGGAAUAGAAAAUAAGCUGAGAUUUACUUAAGAAGAGAUUUAUUUAAGAAGAUUGUCACAUUGAGGAAAGACACUGUUAUGCAAUUUUUGUAGAAAAAUAUAGGUAGACUAAUAAAACAAUUUUAGAUUUGGUUGUAAAUAAUAUAGAUUUGAUAUCCACUUGUAUGUUACCUUUCAGUUUGGAUCCCUGUCGUGAAUGAUUGAAUGUUUAUGGUUCAUAAAUUUAAUUGAUUUAUGUUUUGUAUUUUCAAAUGCCUCUGUUAUCGGUCUUCCACAUCUCUGAUGUCCGCGUGUACUGUAUAAUGACUUAUGAUUUAACAUAACAUUAAGUGACUUAUGUAUUGAACUACUGAGCUAAGCUGCAUUGUGAUGACUGAUAAUUAACCAUCCACAAUGAACAUUGGUGCAUAACAGGAAAAACGGGGGGCCAGCGUAGUAGAGCUGAUUUUAGCUCCGAAGUGUGAAAUGAAAAAGACCCACUUCUCCAAUAGUAGACGUCAUCUUUUGACUUCUGUGUUUUCUUAAAAUACUUCUUUGAAAGUUUUGAAACUCACCAUUGUCUUUUUAUCAGCCUAUAAUUUAAAUGGGGAGAACUACGUAGCAAGUGGCUCAUUGGUUCAUGUGCCAAACAGGGAAAAAUAAAAAUGAUCACACUGUUUCCCUGAAUAAGUGAAUUUUAAUGUGUCUGGGGCAUUCUGUAUCAAGCAGCAGACUUAACACUUAACACAUUAUAUACUCGGUAUGUAGUAUAACUUUGAUUUUAUUUCAGUUAGAGGGAUUGUCAAACAGAAUUUGCUUCUUGUGACCCAAUGAGGUACAACCCCGCCUUCAUGCAAAUCAUGUUUCAAGCGCAGGUUUUGUUGCUGUCCAACUUGGUGCUCUCUUGUCCACGGAGAUAAUUAAUAUAAACCACAUUUCCUCUUGUAUUAAAAUGUGCGUCAGCUGCGAUGCAUCUGUUUAGCAAUCUCAUAUUUGAUAAUUUGAUAAUUGCAAGCUUAUAUCAAAUCGAUUUCUAUUCCAUAUGUUGAAGUUAAUGGAAUGCAUUUCACAUUGGCUGUGUUUUAUAAGUACAUGGGCCUAUGCAGGACACCACAGCACUGACAAAUGUUGAGAUGGGAGGGAAUAAGACGAGCAAACACAUGGUUGUAUUGUUUCACUGUCAACUAUGAAGUCUGUGUUAAAUUAAUCAUGAUCUGGAUGCACAUUUUUUUAGGCAAACCGGAGUCUUUUUGGUAUCUUUUGCUAAUCCUGAUUGAACAUAUUACACCUAAGUUGAGUAUGUGUUCAAGAGAGAAAGAAAAAUCAUCUCUGCUUGUUGAGGAUUUGUGUUUAUAGCGUGUGUGCCUACAGUACAGAUACAGCACAGACUCUGGGAGUGGGUGGACUUGCCUUGUUCCUUGUCACUGAAAUUUAUUGGUCUAUGAAAUGGAGGUGUGAGUGAGAAACUGACAAGAGGUGCUCAUGUUCAUCUGAAUGUAUUUCACUGUCUUGAUUGACUUGAUCUAAUAGGCCAGGUGUUUCAAAGAGGGAACACAACAUGAUAAAUCGUUAUGAAAAGGCUUUGUUUAACUCCGCUUUUAUUUGCUCAUGUUCAGUCCUGUUAAGUGGAUGCUCUAUAAGGAUUAAGGUGCUUGAAGUGGUAACAUUUGACUGGAUUGACACUUCUGUGGCGAGGCUUCAUGUAGGUGAUGAACUAUCAGGAUCAUAGUGGCAUUUGCACCACUGCAGUGUCUUGGCCUGUAACCACCUGACUUCUCUGGUGUUACCAUUUCAAUCUGAGCCACGGCGGAUGGAAAACAGAGGUUCUGCAUGAUCAUUUGUAAAUAUCUUUUUUGGGACAAUGUUUUAAUUAAAAAAAUGGCAAUGUG